AUGUGCUUGGUACAUGGAUACGUGUCUCAACAUCAGGCUAUAAUUCACAAAGAAGUAAAACACAAAAGCGCAUAUUCCUCUGAACCGAAAACCGACGAUGUUAAGACUUUUAGCUCGAAAGACACGGUCUAUAUUGAUCUUGUUCUCACUCAGAUCACGGACUCCGAGCUCGACAGACAACCCAUCAGAAAGGGUCUUAGCACACUACGUUCGCACAAUAAAGCAAAGAUGGCCAGCACUCUGUCUCGCGGUCUUCCCCGUCUCGUCUCAUCCCUACAUACCACGCCCAUCCUCAGCCGCCCACGCUCUCACAAGGCCCUCGCCAGGACCAUCACCAGCUUCCACGGACUGCAGGGCCUCGCGCAGCCAUGGCGGGUACCGACGGAAGAAGCUCCUGAGCUGGUGGAGAGCGGGGAACUGGCGCUACACUUGGAGGCCCUCCAGCUGUGGCACGACGAGGCUGAGCUCUUACGGGAAUCGAGAGUCCUUCCUCCAGGCGUUGACGACCAGAUCAACCUCCAGGCAGAGACUCGAGGCCAAGUCAAAGACCUUAUGGAGACUCUGAUUGAGGAAGAUAUCUUGGACGUCCGUCGGGGUUGGGUCCUCGCCUCCAACUUUUAAUGCUUUCCAUAUUUCCAUUUCCGACACCAAUGUUCCAUAUCAGUGAACCUCCUUCGGCCUGGACUGUUCACUCCCAAGAAAGAUGAACACAGCGUGCUGUUUAGGCCACAGCGAGGGUUCUCCCGCGAGGCCUUCGGCCUUGAGCGACGACCAAAGCCUAAGCGCCUUCCUCCUCAACGACGAAGGCGCUGUGACACUGGACGAGCCUGUACCUUGAAUAUGUAGUUUUAGGAUACAGUGACUGUGACUCUCUUCAGAGUUACUAAUGAAAUGUUUAUUGUUUUUGACAAGAGGCACUUCCCUCUAUAAUGUUCAUGCUAUAAUGACUGCAACCUAUGUUUAAAGAUAACAGGGUUGUUAAAUGAUGAUCUGUUUGUAUACGUAUAUGACUGCGAUUCCGUCGCUCUUGACAAUUUAAUCAAUAAAAUACUUACAUGUU